AUGGAGAAUAAAAACACAAGGGAUAAAACGUUGGAGAAGUUCACAUGGACGAUUCAGAACUUCUCUAAAUUCGAGUCUAGGAAAAUAUACUCUGCGAAUUUCUUCCUCUGCGGCCAUUCAUGGCGGAUUCUUAUGUUUCCAAAAGGGAACGAAGUAGACUCCUUGUCAAUUUUUUUGGAUGCUGGAGAUCUUGAUCAUUUGCCUUCUGAUUGGAACAAAUUUGUUAAGUUCAAGUUGGCUCUAAUUAAUCAGAUCAAUGGCACAAUGACAAUUACAAAACAACUUAAACACAACUUCAAUGCAAGAGAGAUUGACUGGGGUAUCGAAUCUUUCAUACCUUUAGUUGAACUUUGGGAUUCCAGCCGUGGGUUUAUCGUGAAUGAUACUUGUAUAAUCAAAGUUGAGUUUUCUGUCAACAAGUCAGAAGAUGAAAAACAAGUAGAUCAAUUAGCUGUUAGCAAAACUGAUGCUAGAGCAGAUUCUCCACGAGUUUGUGCUGAGCGAAUAGAGAGUAGUGAUAAUAAUUUAAACGAGGAAAUAUACUCUGCCUCAUAUGGUGAGCUCAUAGAUUUCAGGGGUUUAGCAAAAAUAGAAAAAGCAUUUGUUCCACUAUUAGAAGAAGUAUGUUCACGACAUCCCUCACUUAUUCAAUGCCUGCAGAAGAGGACUCGUAAGUUUAUUGAAUGGGCAUUCACAGCUUUAGGACGAGUUCUGCAUUUUUUGAAGACCAAAAAGGUGAAAGAUAUGAAUGAUGAUGCUUGUAAGCAUCUUCAAAUUUUAUGGGAGGAACUUGAGAUAUGUAAGUUCGAAUUGGCUUGGCUGGAACCCCAUGUUCAAUCUGCUUUAGAUACGAAAAGCUAUAUUGAGAGAGCUAAGCUGGUGGAAAAGAGGAAGCUGAAUGUGGAAGCUCUAAAGAUGGAAAAGAAGAGGCUGAAGGAAAAGAUUGAAAUCGCUAUAAAAGACUCGGUGGAAGCUGAAGCAAGUUUGGAUGCUGAACUAGGAUAUGAGGAAAUAUAA